GACAUCUGUUGCUGAGAUGCCGGGCCAUUAUUAGCAUUGUCGGUCGGUUGAAGAAACCGUCUAUAGGCUCCGUCUCAUUUAUUCGAUUCAGAUCUUUGUACAGCACCGACUUCGGGCAGCAGUCUCCUAUAACUACGACGACACCACGAUGCAGACCGUUUCCGUCGUCGCAACGAAGCUGUUCCUGUUCGCCGCCAUGCUGGCAGAAAUACUACUUAUUGUCCAGGCGCAAGAAGGCAACACUGGACGUGGUGGAGGUGGAGGACCAAAAUACAAUUGAGGCUGCCUCAUCGGUGGCGUCCUCGGACCUCAGAGUGCCGAACAGGCGACCGUGCAAUGGACUACAUGAGAACGACCGAUGGACGGCAAGGAUGUGCCAGCGCCGUGGUGGCAGGAGGCGAGGGCAAGAACCGGAAACUCCUGGCUGCCGUCGAUGCGAAAGCAGGCAACGCUUGCAUGUCGCCAGACAUUGUAAGAAUGGAGGAGCCCUGGGUCCCGGUCGCGGUGGACGCGACCGACAUAUACUGCGCUCUGAAAGGCACGCAAUCCUGCCCGGACGCAGCGGGUACAACGGCUAAUGGCUCAGAUAAUGGAAACAGUUUGCCAUGCCGGACAGCUAGGGAAGAUAUUGGAAAUUUCAUUGGCUGCCCCUGAAAGUGCCCAAUAAAUUGUUUUUGACGCCGACA